AUGAAAGUUGGGAAUUCUGAGAGGUUCGAGGCUGUUCCUUGGAGAGGCUGCUGUCACCCUGUAGGCCAGAAGCAGGUGAGAGGCCGAGCUCUGCUAAUGUGCUGUGAACUCUUCUGUCAGAUGGCGGGCACGGCACGUCAUGACCGAGAGAUGGCAAUCCAGUCCAAGAGGAAGCUCACCACGGCCACCGAUCCCAUUGAAAGACUCCGACUGCAGUGCCUGGCCAGGGGCUCCGCAGGCAUCAAAGGUCUUGGCAGAGUGUUUCGAAUUAUGGAUGACAAUAACAACCGGACCCUUGAUUUCAAAGAAUUUUUGAAAGGACUAAAUGAUUAUGCUGUGGUCAUGGAAAAGGAAGAGGCAGAAGAGCUCUUCCGGAGGUUUGAUAAAGAUGGAAAUGGAACAAUAGACUUCAAUGAAUUUCUUCUCACAUUAAGACCUCCAAUGUCUAGAGCCAGGAAAGAGGUAAUUAUGCAAGCUUUUAGGAAGUUAGACAAGACCGGAGAUGGAGUUAUAACGAUUGAAGAUCUUCGUGAAGUGUAUAAUGCGAAACACCAUCCUAAGUACCAAAAUGGAGAAUGGACCGAAGAACAAGUAUUCAGGAAGUUUCUGGAUAACUUUGAUUCACCCUAUGACAAAGAUGGAUUGGUGACCCCCGAGGAGUUUAUGAACUACUAUGCAGGGGUGAGCGCAUCCAUUGACACUGAUGUGUAUUUCAUCAUCAUGAUGAGAACUGCCUGGAAGCUCUAAAUAUUCUUCUUCCUCUUCAUAAGUGGAAUUUAUUUAUGGUUUCUCUGGAGUGUUACACAAAUCCUAGCAGCCAUUGAACACGGGUGAUGCAAUUUCUGUUUCACCAAAGUUCCUGUGAGCGCCGUGGGUUUCCUGUUCCCACUCUCACUCCCAACAUGGGGUCAAGUGGCAGAUAGCCAAGAUAUGCACAGGGUCAUACCCAUUACGCUGCCCAUGUAACUAUCAUUCAUCUCCAGUUUCAUUCUGCUCUAGGUCCCAUAAUAAAUUUAAGAUGGACCCUGUGACUCAGAGCUCAAGCACCUGAAAUUUGAAGCCAGACCUGAGUAUGUAGCUUGUAAUCCUGUCAUGAAAGACUUGAGUUACUUUUUCUUUUUUCUUUUUUUUUUUUUUUUUACCAACCUUAAAAUUUGGCGCUCAGACACUGGUAUUGAUUCUGGGAACAUCUCCAUCUUCAAUUUGAAAGGUUUGAGUUGCUUGUCUCCUAGAAACACUUAGGCUACAUGCGGAACUGAUGACAAUCAGUGCUCAGAGAGAGCCUUAGAGCAGGAAAGGAACCCAUAAUUGAGAGAAAAUGACAGAUGGCAGGGUAGUUUGCUCUUGCCACGGUUAUAGGGAGCCCCAAAAAACUUCCGUCUUGAUGGGAUAAAGUGCAACAGAAAUGCAGGGCAUUACCAAACGUCAGGCACUGACUUAAUGAGACCCAGAUCAUUCUUUUAGUUUCCAAGGGGGACUGGAAAUUAAAUUCUGUUCCACAGAUUGCAUACUUAGUCAUGCCUCAAAUCUCAUUUAGCAAUAUCAUUCAGCAUUCAUUUAUUUAAGAUUAUCUUUGAAGCUGCACAGUAAAUACCAUAAAUCACCAUUAAUUUAACUGUGCUAAUUGAGUUCAUUUAGAUAGGGUUUGAAUGAAAAUUUACUUUUGUUUCAUCUAUACUAAAGAGAAUGAGCAGGUCAGUAUAUAAAGAUUA